AUGCCAAUUAUGAACGGAGAGGCACAGUAUACCUAUAGACAGGGAACCAUUCAAGAUGUUUCCGCUCUUGUCCCUCUGAUCAACGCAUCUUAUGCCGAGGCAGCCUGGAAUGGAGGUGACGGAGAAUACACUGAUGAAACACGAACUUCGACGUCAGACUUGACAAAGAUAAUGGAAAAUCCUGAUACCUUUGUUUUGGUUAUGGAAACUGAUUCUGGUAGUGGAAGUGAGAAAGCGAUUGUUGGGUGUGUUGAGUUGGCGUUCAAGGGUGAGGAGAUGAAACUCACAAUGUUGUCAGUGUCGCUUAAACUACAAGGUGGUGGUCUAGGUAAGAAACUGGCGAAUGCUGCUUUCGCUGAAGGCAAGAAACAUGGAUGUAAAAAGUGCAUCAUUGAGGUUGUGAGCUUCAAGGACGCGUUACGGCAGUGGUAUGAACGCCUGGGAUUUAAGAUAAACGGAGAGACGUGCAUCAUGCCAGUUCCCGGGCGCAACAACGAAAUUAUGUCGUGGACAAUGGACAGAAUGAGCACUAUAUCGAAAUCCAAAAUCAUGCCUAAAGCUAUAUGGAACAAUGUUGUAAUCGCCGAGACCGACAAGUUUGAGACCGUUGAAGGAAACAUAUAUUUCCCACCAGACUCGGUCAAAAAGGAAUACUUGAAACCUACAAGCACUCAUACCGUUUGUGGGUGGAAGGGAACUGCUUCAUAUUACACUGUUUCCGUCAAUGGCAAGGAUGCUGUAGACGGAGCCUGGUACUAUCCAACUCCCAAGAAGGAAGCCGAAAACAUUACUGGAUACCUCGCCUUUUGGAAGGGUGUUCAAGUGCAAAAGUAA